UGAGCGGCAAAAGGUGAAUCCCCCCCAUGGCUUCCUCCUCCUCUGGCUUCGACACCGCUUCGUCUCCCUCUGCCGGCUUCUCUUUUCCAACGCCUUCCUCCUCGGCGUCUUCCCCAUCUCCAUUCGGCUUCUCAAACCUCGGCGCUUCAUCGGUCUCAUCUGCUGCGACCACGGCCGAUCUUUUCUCCGCGUCGACCGCCGCCUCCGCACCCAACCCCUUCCCCUUCUCCUUCUCCCUUCCCACAGCGUCGGCCGCCUCGUCCUCGUCGUCCACCGCACCCUCCUCCUCCCCUCUUUUUGCUUCAGGCUUUGGCACCUCUGCCUCGUCGUUGACAUCCUUUUCGUCCUUCUCGACCGCCGCUCCUUCCUCCACCCCAAACCCUAGUUUCGGUUCCGGUUUCGAUUCCGGCGCGUCAUCUUCUCUGUUCGGCUUCGGGACAUCUUCCUCUGUUUCCUUCCCGUUGCUUACAACUUCGUCUUCCCCUUCUUCUUCUUUCACGACGGCCCCUUCGUUCUCCACGGUUUCGCCGGUUUUCAUUCCUUCGGCAGCGACUUCUGCAGCUAGCACCGCCCCUUCUCUCGCUUCCUCUGCUUCAUCCUCAGGCCCUACUACUGCAGGGAUGGCUGAGACGGCAACGACAAUUCCAUCCGACUCAUCAUUGUUUCCCUCGCCUUCCUUUGCGUUGCCCCUCUCUUCAUCAUCGUCUUCUUCUUGUACUUUUUCAUCGCCUUCCUUUGGAACUAGCGGAUCCUUUCCGCAGAGCUCCUUCACUGCUGCUUCAUCUGCCGGUACCUUUUCAUCCGCGCCUGUUGCAAUCACAACCUCCUCGUCAUCUACCUUAGCAAUUGGCUUUUCAUCUGGGACUCCAUCAGCGGCUGCUGCACCAUCCCUCGCAGCUACAAGCAUUACGACUUCUGUCCUAGCUGAAACGGCCCCAUCUACAGCUUCCUCUUUGUUUGCUUCACCAUCAUCUUUCGCUGCUGCAUCUCCCUUGUCGGUUUCAGUUUCUUCAUCAUUGUCAGCAGCUGCGGCAUCCGUCACUGCAUCUUCUGCUUUGGCAUCGAGAACGACUGCAGCUGUCACUGCAUCAUCUACAGAAGCCUCCCCGACAGCAUCAACAACGGCUGCUUCUUUGUUCGAUGAUCAACAUUUUAUAAGGCUGCACAUGCAGCUUAUGCCAAGAACCAACUUUGAUGCCAUAGUAUCUAAACAAAAUUCCUCCUCAGGUUCCUCUACUUCAGCAUUAGCUAGCGAUUCAAGUUCCGGUGCUGCCACAAGUCAAGCUUUGCCUUCAGUUGUCCAAGCUAGUAGUGGCGGACUUACUACUACCAAUUCAGUCACAACUCAGGCACCUAAGCUACCAUCAGAGAUCACUGGAAAAACUGUUGAGGAGAUUCUUAAGGACUGGAAUACUGAGCUGCAAGAGCGUACUGCAAAAUUCCAAAAUCAGGCUACAGAAAUUGCUGAAUGGGAUAGGUGGAUCCUACAAAACCAAAAUAUUCUCAUUUGGCUGGAGGCUGAAAUGGCAAAAGUUGUGGAGACUCAAACUAACUUAGAGAAGCAACUUGAAUUAAUUGAAACUCAUCAACAAGAGGUUGAUAAGGCAUUGGAGAGCAUGGAACAAGAAGCAGAGUGCAUAUGCAAGGAUGAGUGUGCAUUACUUUUGGAAGAUGAGGCUACAUCUGUGAGAGAUUCAAUGUAUGACCAAGCAGAGUUUAUUGAAAGAGAAAUGCAAGGGAUUGCCGAACAAGUAAAAUCAAUAAUUCAAACUGUGAAUUCCUCUCAGAGUGGUGAUCUGGAUAUGGUCGAUGCUGCAUCUCCGCUUGAUAUUGUUGUUCGAAUACUUGACAAUCAGCUUAGAACUCUAAUGUGGAUCGACGAGAAGGCAAAUGAAUUCUCAUAUCAGAUUCACAAGGUGGCUAAAAGUGGGGCCGCAGAUGAACAUGGUAUGACAGGUAGGAGACUAUGGUUGGAUUAGCUUCAGCUUUCAACAAGGAGCCUCUCUGCUUACAUCGAUCCUUUUACCAUAGCCAAAUUGGUAAAAGCUUACUGCACCAGGCAGGCUAUCACCCUUUUGGUUGAGCCAAGCAGAGAUGUAUCAACCACCACUUUAUCCUUCCUGACUAGAUUUUGGUUUUGGGUGAAUUCCAGUUUUGGUACAGAUUACUGUCAACUACUUAUGGGCUUCUAGUUGUUGACAUUAAACAAUUAUAACAUCAAGCACUUGUUUAUGGAC